AGCAGUACUACGACGAGUAGUAGCAGUACCACCAGUAGUACUACUACCAGUACCACAAGCAGCAGUACUACAAGUAGCACUACUACCACGACCUCCACUAGCAGUAGUACUACUACGAGCAGCAGCAUUACUUCAAGUAGCACGACUACUACCACUAGUACUACAACAAGUAGCAGCAGUACCACAAGUAGUACUACCACGAGCAGCAGUAGUACCACAAGUAGCACUUCUACUACCACCACCACUAGCAGUACUACAACAAGCAGUAGCAGCACCACAAGCAGUAGUACCUCAAGUAGCACCACUACAAGUAGUAGCAGUACUUCAAGUACUACUACUACCACUACCACUACCACUACCACUACGACCAGCAGUACUACAAGUAGCACUACUACCACGACCACCACUAGCAGUACUACUACUACCACCACCACAAGUACUACAACAAGUAGCAGCAGCACCACAAGUAGCACCACUACUACCACUAGUACCAAAACAAGCAGUAGCAGUACUUCAAGUAGUAGUACUACUACUACUAUCACCACCACUAGUACUACAACAAGUAGCACUAUUACCACGACCACCACAAGCAGUAGUACAUCAAGUAGUACCACUACCAGUAGUAGCAGCACUUCGAGUAGCACCACUACUAGCAGUAGCAGUACCACAAGUAUUAUCCAAACGACUGAUGCUGAAAGCACAACACAAGUUCACAAAGAUGAAUUUAUUUCAACAGUAA